GUCAAGACAUAAGCAGGUGGUAGCAAAUCUGAUUCUGAUUCUGACAUUGGAUGACACAGGUAGAGGCAGCACUUGGUGAGAGAGACAAAUCUAACAUAUCACUAGAGGUGAGACAUGAGGGGGAAUAUGAAGUACAUGACCUUAAUGGAAGAUUGUGGGCAAUUGUUGUGGAGACCCUCAGUGGUGCAGCCACAGAGCUCUAGCAUCUCAGGUGCAGUCCUGACCUCAGGGGCUGUCUGCACAUACUCCACGUGACCCUAUAGGUUUCCUCCCCAUGCCUCGGUUUCCUUCCACAUCCCAAAGCUGGAAGAUUAACUGGCUGAAGCAACAGACACAAAAUGCUGGAAGGACCCAUCAGGUCGGGCAGCAUCUAUACCAGGGAUUCCGGACCUUUUUAUGCCAUGGACCAGAACCAUUUGUCAAGGGGUCCAUGGACCCCAGGCUGGGAACCACAGAUCUACCGAAAUGAAUAAACAGCCAACAACUUGGGCUGAGACCCUUUGUCAGGACUGGACCACAGGAGGGAAGAUGCCACCAUAAAAACGUGGGUGGAGAGGAAGGAGGAUAAAGGAGAAGGUGAUAGGUGAAUCCAGUGGGUGGGAUAGGUAGAGGGCUGGAGAAGAAGGAAUCUGUUAGGAGAGGAGAGCGGCCCACGGGAGAAAGAGACGAGGGAGGGACACCGGGAGAGGAGAUAAGAACAGAUGGUGGACCCUACAUUAGCUGAGAUGGGCAAAAAUCUCAAUGAGGCCAUGAAAAUGCUGGAGGAAACUCAAAGGGAGGUGGAUGAAGAAAGCGAGAAAAAACGAUUUUCUAGAAAAGAUAUUCCUGGUCCUUUGCAGGGAAGUGGACAGGACAUGUCAACUAUUCUUCAACUAGUACAGAACCUUAUGCAUGGAGAGGAUGAGGAGGAAUCACAGUCAAUUCGCAGAUUACAGAAUGUUGGUGAGCAAGGUCACAUUUCCUUAUUGGGACAUAGUCUGGCAGCCUAUAUUUCUGUGCUAGACAAAGAAAGAUUGCGAAAAUUAACCACAAGGAUUUUGUCAGAUGCUACACUCUGGCUCUGCAGACUUUUCAGGUAUGAAAAUGGAUCUGCCUAUUAUCAUGAAGAUGAUCGAGAAGGUGUGUUGAAAGUCUGCAAACUUGCCAUUCACUCAAACUAUGAGGACUAUGCAACAGAAGGUUUUAAUGUCUUGCAGAAGAAAUUACCUGUACUGUAUAUCAGUGCUGCAAGUAGAACGGGUUUGGGCCAGUAUAUCUGCAAUCAGCUUGGUCUCCCUAUUUCUUGCAUGUGUACUGUUCCUUGUAACACUAUGUUUGGAUCUCAGCAUCAAAUGGAUGUAGCCUUACUGGAAAGGCUCAUUAAAGAUGAUAUUGAUUGUGGAAAGUUUCCUCUUUUACUUGCUGCCAAUGCAGGCACACCAGGUGCAGGACAUACAGAUAAACUCCUGCGAUUGAAGGAGCUCUGCAGUCAGUACAAGAUGUGGCUGCAUGUAGAAGGUGUUAAUUUGGCCACAUUGACACUUGGUUAUGUUUCUUCAUCUAUACUGGCUGCAACUAAAUGUGACAGCAUGACCUUGACUUUAGGACCCUGGUUGGGUCUCCCUGCUGUGCCUGCAGUGACAUUAUAUAGACAUGAGGAUCCCUCACUGUCUUUAGCUGCAGGCCUCACCACAAGUCAACCAGUUGAGAAACUUCGAGCUUUGCCUCUCUGGCUCUCUCUGCAAUACUUGGGACAUGAUGGAAUAGUUGACAGAAUCAAGUAUGCUUCUCAGUUGAGCCAAAGACUACUGGAAAACUUAAAAAAAUUAAGUUCUAUCAGAACCUCGGUUGAAGAUGAACUGAAUUCUCCGGUGGUAGUUUUCAGAUUUGUCCAAGAACAGCCAAAAUCUGUUCUAAAUGGGGCUCAAUAUCAAACCACUGCAGCUCAAGAAUCCAUGAAAGACUGUGAAAGUGAGAUUGGGGAUGCACUGAAUCGCUGGUUAGGAGAACAGCUCGGGCAAUUGGUUCCAACAAGUGGUAUAAAUGUUGUUGAACUUGAAGAUGAGGGAGUCUGCAUCCGAUUUAGUCCAUUGAUGACAGCAGCAGUUUUAAACACCAAGCCUGAACAUGUGGACCAAUUGGCUGAACAUCUGAAAACAAAAAUUCCCAUUCUUAUUAGCACCUUGCAACUCCGAGAAGAAUUUAAACAGGAGGUCUACAGGACAACUGGCCUUUCAUACAUUGAAGAUCUGAGUUGGCCUGGAUUAGGUGCUAUACGGUAUGAAAUUAACAAUGAAGACCCUGACCCUGAGAAACAUUUAAUGGAGAUGGAAAAAAUUGCCAUAGGAUUACUAAAGAAACUGAAGGAACUUGACUCUGAUGUGCUGUUCUCAACAGGGCCUGAGUUUGGAGGGGAGAAGAAUGCCAUUUAUAUUGGUAUGGUAACUGAUAAUUUAGAUGUGCCAGAACUUGUGGAGACCAUUGCCACAACAGGGAAAGAAAUAGAGGAAAGUUCAAAGUUAUUGGAGAACAUGACUGAGAUAGUCCGAAAAGGAAUUGUUGAAGCAGAGCAACAGCUCCAAAAGGCCAGUGAGGAUAAACUCCUUGAAGAAGGAGUUCUGCGACAGAUUCCUGUAGUUGGCUCAGUGCUGAAUUGGCUGUCUCCAAUACAGAGCUCAAUUAAAGGAAGAUCAUUUAAUCUUGCAGGAGGUUUACUGGAAUCCACAGAGAACGUGCUUGCAACAAAAGCCCAGACUUCUCAAGAAACCCCACCUGCAACACCCACAGUAGUUCGUACUAAACAUAAAUUACCAGGCCAGAAAAUGUUUAGAAGGUCAUCCAAGACUUCUGCUUCAGAUAUGAUCAGUGAAACUUCUUCAGUGAGUCACACAGAGGAAGUGGAGGAAUCCAAAGUCAAAGAUGAAGAAACCAGACUUGACUUUGAAAAUGAUGUUCACAAAGCCUCUGAAUGUUCUCCUCCGAUGAAUGAUAACUUGGAACUUCCUUCAGACUGUGACCCAGAAAAGACUGAUACAAAUGGUAUCAACAUACCAGUGGUUCAUCCAAGCUCUGUACCAACAGAAGCUGAUGAAGAUGUGGAGAAAGAAAGUCUUAGAUAAAACAACUAAAAAUACUUUUUUUUAGCAGUAAGACCUCAAAUUGGGAAAAAUGGAUUCUUUAAGUGAACUGUGCCAUAUAAUACAGUAUGACACUACUGUUAAAUGCCUUUAAUUAGGAUUUGCACAUGACUGUGACAUGACUAGGAAUUUCAUGUUUCCCCAUUGGAAGUUUGAUUUUAACUCUAGUGGAGGCAGGGAAGUGGGGUGAAUCUUAAGUGCAAUUGUUCGGUUUUCUGUAAAUUGCUAAGAAACUGAUACUUUCCUUCCUACAUUGCUGUAGAAUGAAGUAUGCUAAUUUCCCUAUGAAUAGGUUAAACUGUAAUUACUUUUAAAAUUAAAACUAUUGCUGUUAAUUUUGCA